GCAGGGGGCGCCCCCAGCCAGGAUGCUGCGGUUCCUGCGCCGGACCUUUGGCCGCCGCUCCAUGCAGCGCUACGCGCGGGGCGCGGCGGGGCGCGGGGCCGCGGGGCUGGGGGACGAGCGCGACGGGGGGCCGCGGGGGGGCCUGGCCGCUGCCGCCGCCUCCUCGACGCUGCCCGCCGCGCCGGGGGGCAGCGUGUUCCCGGCCGGCGGCGGGCCCCUGCUCACGGGCGGCGCGGCCGUGCACAUCUCCGCCGCCGGCGCUGCCAAGGCCACCCUGUACUGCCGCGUCUUCCUGCUCGACGGGACCGAAGUGAGCGUGGACCUGCCGAAACAUGCCAAAGGCCAGGAUCUGUUCGAUCAGAUUGUGUACCACUUGGACCUCGUGGAAACAGAUUACUUCGGCCUCCAGUUCCUCGACUCUUCGCAGGUUACUCACUGGCUGGAUCAUUCCAAACCCAUAAAAAAGCAGAUGAAAAUUGGACCUUCUUAUGCUUUGCACUUUCGAGUUAAAUAUUACUCUUCGGAACCAAACAACCUUCGUGAAGAGUUUACAAGGUACCUGUUUGUUUUACAACUCAGGCAUGACAUUCUUUCAGGAAAAUUGAAAUGCCCCUAUGAAACGGCUGUGGAAUUAGCUGCUCUCUGUCUACAAGCGGAGCUGGGGGAGUGCGAGCUUCCAGAACACACGCCAGAGCUUGUGUCUGAGUUUCGGUUCAUUCCAAAUCAGACAGAAGCGAUGGAAUUUGAUAUCUUCCAGAGAUGGAAAGAGUGCAGGGGAAAGAGCCCUGCCCAGGCGGAGCUGUCCUAUCUGAAUAAAGCGAAGUGGCUGGAAAUGUAUGGGGUAGACAUGCACGUUGUCAGGGGGAGAGAUGGCUGUGAAUAUUCUCUUGGACUGACCCCGACAGGCAUAUUAAUCUUUGAAGGAGCUAACAAAAUAGGCUUAUUCUUUUGGCCUAAAAUUACCAAAAUGGAUUUUAAAAAGAGCAAAUUGACGCUGGUGGUGGUAGAGGACGAUGACCAGGGCCGGGAGCAGGAGCACACGUUCGUGUUCAGGCUGGACAGCGCCCGGACCUGCAAGCACCUCUGGAAAUGCGCCGUGGAGCAUCACGCCUUCUUCCGCUUGCGCACGCCGGGGAAUAGCAAAUCCAACAGAUCAGACUUCAUCCGGCUGGGGUCUCGCUUCAGAUUCAGCGGGCGGACAGAGUAUCAAGCCACGCAUGGCGCCAGGUUACGAAGAACCAGCACCUUCGAGCGGAAGCCUAGUAAACGCUAUCCAUCCCGGAGACAUUCAACGUUCAAAGCAACCAACCCGGUGAUAGCAGCUCAGUUCUGCUCUAAAACAAAUCCCGAAGUCCAUAAUUACCAGCCUCAGUACCAUCCCACUAUCCACCCCGGCCAGCCUCGGUGGCACCCUCACUCUCCAAAUGUAAGCUACCCGCUCCCUUCCCCAGGGCUCAGCAGCUCAGACCGGCUGCCUUUCGGCGUCGAGGAGAAUGGGGUCCCCAGCCGAGCCUCAGCCAGGCACCAUCACCACCACCACCAGCACCAGCACCAGCACCACCCGAACUAUGGCCUCUCGCUGACUCUGGAGAACAAGGAGGGGCCUUCCAGGUCUCCAAACUCCAGCAGUAAAUCCCUGACAAAACUGAGUCCAGGACCACCUGCCCUGUUCAGCGAAGCUGCAGCCCAUCUAAAGAAGCUGGAACUGGAGACGGUGAAGGCCCCUGGACCCUGGCCUGCUCUGCACAUCAACAUCAACAAGGCUGAAGAGAAAAAAGUAUCCGAGAAGACUCUUCAGACCCCGCUUCUGCCUUCCCCUGUCGCCGACCACGUGAAGUGUAACAUUUUGAAAGCCCAGCUGGAGAACGCAUCCCGAGUGAGUGCCCAGGUUGGAAAAGAGGAAUCAACAUUUGUAAAUAUCAAUAAGAAAUCCAGUCUUCAGGAUGCUAAUGUAAGAAGUCCUAUUCCCAUACGUGUGGAAACUACCCAGCCAGCAGUAGAAAAGCCGGAAAUCAAGCCUCCCCGAGUGAGGAAGUUAACAAGACAAUACAGUUUUAACCACAGUGAUGAAGACGACCUCCCUCCUGACCUGGCCGAGGCAGUAGGAGCGCCCACCGCCGCAGCCACAAAUACCACCGCGGCCACCACGGUCUCCAUGCCACUGGUGUCCCCCAAGGGCCACAAACUCAGCUCACCUCAGAAUUCAGAAAGCAAGGGCCAGCUGUCCCCAGGGGCCAAGAGUCCCUCUGACCGAGGAGGUGCCUUUACCUUGGAGCCAGGCGAUCUCCUGAUGGACUUCACGGAAGCUACUCCUCUGGCAGAGCCCGCCAGCGCCCCCCACUGUGCCCACCCUCGCUGUUCUCCUCCACUCUCUCCCCCCAUGAAGGAAGAGACCACUGGAGUUUGCAUGCACCCUCCAAUCAAAACGAGGCUGAUAAAAACAUUCCCGGCUGAUCCAGUGGCCCCAUUUCCCGAUGUUUUCAAUUCAGGGCCACAGUUCACUGCGGACUUUAGAGACAGUAAAUUACCAUGCUGUCCUGGCCAGUCUUCCCCACUGAUUCCGGCAGUGACCCUGAGGCCUUUGACAGAGACCAUCUCCACAGUGCAGACCAUCUACACCACCCGGAAGCCCGUUUCUCUGGCAGCCAGUGCAGAGACGCUCCGGCAGGAACUGGAGAGAGAGAAAAUGAUGAAAAGACUGUUGAUGACCGAACUGUGAAAUUCUCCCCUUGUGGCCUGGAGGAUGGCAUGGUGCCUUCUGUCCGUUUUCUUUCUUCGGGCUUUGUGUGCUCACUUCAGCACAGCACAGAGAUGUGUGCUCUGUUUGCCCAGGUCUCAGA